UCAGUUUAUGCGAGGGCCUCUGGAGUUGGGACUCACUGAAGCUGCCUUUGUUUGACUGGGAACCAAAAGAGAGAGAGAGAGAGAGCAAAAGAGAGAGAGAGGGAGAAGGAGGAGGAGAGUCAGAGAGGCUUUUAGUUUGGAGCUGGUGAGAGAGGAAGGCAGAGUGGGAUCCAUCUCUCUCUCUGGUACCAAAGCUCUCACGCAUGAGCAGGACAAGUUUGGAUCUAAGCUCACCUCAUCACUGAAGAUGACUUCACGCAUUCCUCCCUGGUUCUUUGGAUUAUUUCUACUCCACCUCCAGCUCUGCUUCCAUUGCUCCUCUGCCUAUCAGCCGUUAGAAGAUCGGGGUUCUCAGGGAGCCUUGGACCUGACCGAGUUGAUCGGAGUCCCCCUUCCUCCCUCCGUCUCCUUCGUCACCGGUUUCGAGGGCUACCCCGCCUACAGUUUCGGCCCGGACGCCAACGUGGGCCGCCUCACAAAGUCCUUCAUCCCCGACCCUUUCUACAACGACUUCGCCAUCACCGUGACGGCCAAACCCACCACACGACAAGGUGGGGUGCUGUUCGCCAUCACAGAUGCGUACCAGAAGAUUGUACACCUGGGAGUGGCCUUAUCGGAGGUGGAGGACGGUUCCCAGAGAGUCAUUCUGUACUACACCGAGCCAGGGACAACAGGGACGCAGGAAGCAGCUUCUUUUAAAAUGGGAGACCUGACGGGGAGAUGGGCGAGGUUCACCCUGACUGUGCAGGGGGCAGAGGUGCGUCUCUUCAUGGACUGUGAGGAGUACCGAGUGGACUUCGUCCGGAGCCCUCAGCCUCUGACCUUCGAGGCCAGCUCGGGGAUCUUCGUGGGGAACGCAGGGGGGACGGGCCUGCAGAGGUUUGUGGGCUCCAUCCAGCAGCUGUUGCUCAAGUCUGAUCCCACGGCCCCGGAUGACCAGUGCGAGGAGGACGAUCCCUAUGCGUCCGGAUUUGGAAGUGGCGAUGGCGCUUAUGAAGACAUGGAGGGACGAGAAGAAGUGAAGAAGAUUGUGGAGGAGAGAGAGUAUACCAUGCCCCACCCAGAGCUGGACCCCACCUACAGCACCCCUGUCCAAGCCCCGCCCACUGAGAUGUCACAGUUUGAUGAUGAAGAUAUUGAGGAGACUUCUGGCGAGGAAGCAGAGAGGACCACAGUAAGAGUAAAACCUCUUCAGACAGAUCAUCCAGCCUCCAUCCCUGACACUUCCCUGCAGGUUUCUCCAAGACAGAAAGGGGAGCAAGGUGAACCAGGUCCAGCCGGUCCCCCGGGACCUCCCGGCCCUCCAGGGCAAGGCUCAGGAGAUGGUCAGGGAGGGGAGCCUGGACCCCGGGGUCCACAAGGACCACCGGGAACUGAAGGCACACCUGGACUUCCUGGGAAAGAUGGACAGCCUGGAAGCAAAGGAGAAACUGGCAACGCUGGGGCGACUGGGAUUCCAGGAUUUCCAGGAUUACAGGGAGAGCCUGGUCCAAAGGGAGAAAAGGGUGAUACUGGCUUUGGUCUUCCAGGUCCUCCUGGACCUCCAGGUCCUCCAAGCAAGUCUUCCAGGUUCCUGGAGGGCUCAGGAUUUGAAGACUUUGACAGCGAUGCAGAGAUAAUGAGGGGGCCUCCGGGACCUCCGGGACCUCCAGGGCUUCCAGGAAACCCAUCUGAGGACCUCUUUCGUGGACCACCUGGGGCUCCUGGCAAAGACGGGAAGAAUGGAGAGAGGGGUGAACCUGGACUGCCUGGUGUCGAUGGGAGAGACGGAGAUCCCGGGCCAGCUGGGAAGACAGGAGACAAGGGAGAGCCCGGUGUAGGUGGACAGCCAGGACCAAAGGGAGAUCAGGGCCCUCCAGGGUUUCCAGGCCUAUCAGGCGCAGAUGGUCCAGAAGGGCCAUCUGGUCCAAGGGGUCAACCUGGCCCUCCUGGGCCCCCAGGUCCCCCUGGAAAAGGCUACACCUUUGACUUUGAGGACUUGGAAGGAUCUGGGAUACUGAGCGGUGCAGGAGCUGUGCCCUCCAGAGGCCCACCGGGUCCUCCAGGAAUCCCUGGACUUGAGGGACCAAAGGGUAAAGAUGGUUUGACUGGCGUCCCAGGAGGGCCAGGGCAAAAGGGUGAGGAUGGCAUCAUAGGACGACCAGGAUUUCCAGGAUUGGAGGGACUUAAAGGGGCAGAGGGACCAAAAGGGAACAGAGGUGAUCCAGGACUGAAGGGAGAGGCUGGACGGGAUGGGAAAGGUCUACCUGGCCCUCCUGGACCACCUGGACCUCCAGGACCUAUUAUUAACCUGCAGGAUCUUCUGCUGAACGAUACAGAUGGUGCCUUCAAUUUCUCAAGGAUUUAUGAAGCUCAGGGAGCAUCAGGUCAAGGAGGUGAUAUGGGGUUGCCAGGAGUUCGAGGACCUCCAGGACUGAAAGGUGAAAAAGGUGAGCCGGGAUUUUUCAUGGCAGCAGAUGGAGCCAUGAUGUCAGACCUGGCUGGUCCCAAAGGAAACAAGGGUGAUAUUGGUGUAGCCGGACCUGCAGGAAUUACUGGGCCAGUUGGACCGUCAGGACCAAAAGGAGAAUUUGGUUUCCCUGGAAGACCUGGUCGUCCGGGUCAGAAUGGACUAAAAGGAGCGAAAGGGGAGUCUGCAGGCCAGCCGGGUCUUCCUGGUCCUCCCGGGCCACCAGGCCGCCCAGGACUGUUCACCUGCCCCAAAGGAAUCGUGUUCCCCAUACCUCCCAGACCCCACUGCAAAAUGGGCCUUAAUCCAGAUGGAACCGUCACAGCAGGUAACUGUCAGACGGGAAUAAAAGGAGACAAAGGAGAGAGAGGCCAGCCUGGACCACCAGCUCCACCAAACACAUUCUUUCCCAGGGGAGGCUGGGGAGCAGGAGGAGACCAGGGCGUCAAAGGAGAGAAGGGAGACAAAGGGGAAGCAGGGUUGUCUGGGCAACCAGGUGUCCCAGGGAGACCAGGACCAGUGGGACCAAAAGGAGAGUCAGUGCUCGGACCACAAGGCCUACCCGGGGUGCCAGGUUCACCGGGUGUCCCAGGAUAUGGCAGACCAGGACCAGUUGGCCCUCCUGGACCACCAGGGCCUCCAGGACUGCCAGUGUCAUCAUCAAGAUAUGGCUCAGCGUUAACUUUUGCCGGCCCCCCCGGACCACAAGGACCUGCUGGGCCACCUGGAGCUUCGGGCAGUGCAGCACCUCUGAAAACCUUUUUGAGCCGUGAGAGCAUGAUGCAGCACACGCUCAGAGACACAGAGGGGACUCUGGCGUACGUCACAGGGACGGGAAGUCUCUACCUCAAGGUCUCACAGGGAUGGAAAGAGAUACAGCUUGGCAGUCUGAUCCACCUCUCCAAUAACAUUAUCCCACAAGAUGAGCCUCGAGCUGCGUAUCAGAUCAGAGGAGACACGUUGGAGAGAGUGCGUUCGGUUACAGAGCGGAUCAACCUGGUGGCUCUGAACCAGCCUCACUCGGGCGACAUGAUGGGACUGGACACGGCCGACCGGAUGUGUUACGAACAAGCCAAGGCGAUGGGUCUACCUCCGAACUACCGAGCAUUCAUUUCCUCCCACAGGCAAGACCUGGUCCAUGUGGUCUAUCCCGGUUUCAGGGAAACUCUGCCAGUUACCAACCUCAGGGGAGACAUUAUGUUCAGGAACUGGCGGUCAAUUUUCAGUGGUGACGGAGGACCAAUCAAUUCCAAGAUACCUAUCUACUCCUUUGACGGCCGGGAUGUUUUAGUCGACCCCUUCUGGCCUCACAAGAACAUCUGGCACGGCUCCACCAGCAGGGGUCUGCGGGUGUUGGACAAACACUGCGAGACGUGGCGGGCGGACCACAUGUCUGUGAUGGGCCAGUCAUCGAGUCUGACCUCGGGCCUGCUCCUGGGUCAGCAGAUCCGGAGCUGUUCCAACCAGUACAUCGUUCUCUGCAUCGAGACACACAAAAACCUUUAAAAACGCCGCUCAUACCACUCUACCAAAGAAGCCACCACGGCCACCUUAAAAGUUGAACACUCGGGGAACAGUUUGAGUGCUUUUUUUUUUAUUAACAGAGGAUGUUGACUUCAGCAGAUCUUUGGUGCUUUGUGUAGCAUUUUGUGAUGUUUGUUUUAAACCAGAGGAUUACAUUUAACACCUUGUCUUUCAAGAGGAUUUAAGGGCUUUUUUCUCUUCCAUCUUCUGUGUUUUUUUUCCGGAGGAGCAAGAAGAUUAAGAGGCAAUUACAAACUCUUGACAUCAGCCAAGUUAUAAUCUGGGAGUCUAAGCUAACGUGAGGAUGAUGCUCUUUGUGUUUUGAAGCAAUCCAGAAGAUUUCCCUUAUAUUCAACCUGGUGGCACAUAAUUCAAAAUGCAACAGACAGGUCAGUCGAUUUUGUAGCAGAUGUGCUAAUUUGCAAAAAUGCUAACAUCUCAAAGAGAAUGUGGUAAAUAUUGUCUAACGUUAAAACGAUAGCUGCAGCACCUUUCACCUGUUUGUUUAAGGCUGUCAUUGCAACAAGAGACGUCUGUGUCAUAAAAGAACCAAAUAUGAAGUGACACAAAUGGCUUCUUACACAAGGGUAGUUAUCAUUGACUGUACAUGAGAAGUGGACAUAAACAUUGGUUAUCUUACUUAACUGUUUUGGAACUACCGUUUUUAAAACCUGGAGUCUGGCAUAUUUGCUUUUCUCAAACUUGGUUGCCGGGGAAAGGAGCCAGAAAUUCUAUAUUUGGAAAAAAUUAAGAAUAUUCCUUGCUACGCCUACAUUCUGAUUGACAGGUUGCCAUAGAUGUAAUCUGUUGAAAAACCAAUAGCCACACUAUUAAGCAUUUCUUGCUUAAUUGUCCAUUUUAUUCUAGAUGGGACAAUAUUUAACAGAAUGAACAUCAUUACAAACACUUGAAACUAGAGAUCAAGACCAUAAACUCUUUAAGUUAAUGUUUCUAAGGGAAUCAAUCAAGGGACAAGAAGAGGUAUUUUCUCAUUAAGCGGCAACCUCCAGUGGUGUUGAAAGGUGAAGCCAAUGGGGAUGUUCUACAAAACUGCAGUUCCUUGACUGUCCACUUGAGGCUGGCUGUAAAAUCCCUGAGAGUCCAUUUGACACCAAUGUUAAAAUGUCCGUUUUUUUACAGCAGAAAUAAACAUGUUUACAGCCUGAUACAAAAAAAACAGCCUGAAAAUCUAACUGGACUCACUGUUUGAGAUUUUUUAUACUCAUCCAAUUUUAGUGUAUCUAGGCUCAGAGUUAUGCAUAUAUUUGCAUAGUAAGGGGAAUGGACUGCCUGUUUCUAGGUUAACUGAAAGUUAAUUGCAGAUAGCAUUUCCAAUAUAGUGACCGCCAUCUUUAAGCUUCAAAACUUCCCCUCAGAAACCAAGGAGUGACAUCACUGAGACCACGUCCAUGUUUCAUGCAGUCUAUGUUUCUCAUUAGAUUAUAUCAGACACCUUAUCAACAGGUGAAGUCGCCCCCUAGUGACCAUUAGCAAGAAUACAGGUUUAAGACACUUUUUGGCUUCACUUUUGUAAACCACAAGGCAACAUCCACUUCUUAUAUACAGUCUAUGACAAGAACCCAGGUGAGUUAGGGAUUUCUUCGUAUUGUCUUACUGUCUUCUUGUUGUCAAUCGACUGACGAUGCAGGGAUUUGCAGCUGUCCUGAAACGUGGUCGAUUUUACAAAUGAAACAUUUCCAAAGACUUAUGUGAUGGACGCAUAAAGUGUGACUUUCACUGUAUUGUUUACAGAACAGAACGAGUUUCAACCGUUAAACAAGUUUACUCAAUAGUCAAAGGUCAUUUUGUUUCCAUACUUUGAAUAGUCCCGUGAACAACAGUGGGCCAAGCAGACAGCCAGUGUUGCCACCAAAGUCAUUUUUGAUGCACUGUACUUUAUUUUUUUAAUAUUUUCUAGUUCUAACAUUUUCAUCCUUAAAGUGUUGUGUUGUAGUAUUUUCAAACAUCUUUGUGAUCUCACUUCUUAGCAGUUCUUUCUCGCAAACGGCUAUUUAAUUUAAAUCCAAUGAUUUAUUUAUACCGUCACAGCACAUAACAUGAAAUCAGAUGACAGAAUUUAAGAAUGUAAUUUAUCGUUUGUUGUUUGUCAGAUGAUUGUCUCUUCUCACUCUGUGCCUCUUUUCUAUUCUUUGUACAGUUUUUAUUUUAUGUUACGUAAAUAGAUUUUUGAAGAAUGUCGUCAAACAUUUCCAUCUAGUUUAAAAAAUAAAGUUAAGAAACAAGUUACAUAUUUUCACUCUGAAAAAUACAUCCUAAGGGAAAAAGUGAGAGCACAUGUUUUUGUAUAAAUAUUGGUGCUUCGUUGAAUAAAGUUUUCUCUUUUCGUAAACUU